CAGAAAAUCCCAAUUCCUUCUAUCCUAUUCCUUCAGAAAAAAGGAAGAAAGAGAAGAGGAGAGAAAUCGAAGAAGAAGAUGUCAUUUGAUCUUUUCCUGAAGCCGUCGUGCGGCGGCUGCGGAUCGACGACCGAUCUCUACGGCAGCAGCUGCAAGCACAUGACCCUCUGCCUCUCCUGCGGCAAGACCAUGGCCAAGAGCCACACCAAAUGCUACGAAUGCGGAGUACCCAUCUCCCGCCUCAUCCGCGAGUAUACUGUGCGAGCGAGUGGAAGCACCGACAAGACUUUCUAUAUUGGAAGAUUCAUUACAGGCUUGCCGAAUUUCUCAAAGAAGAAGAACGCUGAGAAUAAGUGGUCUCUUCAGAAAGACGGGCUUCAGGGGCGUCAGAUGACGGAUGCUCUGCGGGAGAAGUACAAGAAUAAGCCUUGGCUUCUGGAGGAUGAGACAGGUCAAUAUCAGUAUCAAGGUCAGCUUGAGGGCUCACAAUCUGCUAAUUAUUAUCUGCUGAUGAUGCAAGGAAAGGAGUUUGUCGCUAUCCCUGCUGGCUCCUGGUACAACUUUAACAAAGUAGCCCAAUAUAAGCAACUUACAUUAGAAGAAGCUGAAGAGAAAAUGAAGAAUCGGAGGAAGAGUGCUGAGGGAUAUCAAAGAUGGAUGAUGAAAGCAGCAAAUAAUGGACCUGCUGCCUUUGGUGAUGUGGAGAAGAAUGAUGGCAACACUGGUGGGGCUGAGGGUGGUCGUCGCAGAAAAGGAAAUGGUGAAGACGAGGAAGACGCUGCUCACUCGGAUAAGGGGGAGGAAGAUGAGGAAGAAGAGAUGUCAAGGAAAAAUCGGUUGGGGCUCAACAGAAAAAGUGGGGAUGACGAUGAAGAAGGUCCAAGAGGAGGGGAUCUUGACUUAGAUGAUGAUGACAUUGAAAAGGGCGACGACUGGGAGCAUGAGGAAAUUUUCACUGAUGAUGAUGAAGCUGUGGGUAACGACCCGGAGGAACGGGAAGAUUUGGCUCCUGAGGUUCCUGCACCUCCAGAAAUCAAGCAGGAUGAAGAUGAUGAGGAUGAAGGCGAAGAAGGGGAGGGAACUCAGGGAAAGCUGAGCAAAUCUGGGAAGGAGUUGAAAAAGCUGCUUGGACGAGCUGGUGGACUAAACGAAUCUGAUGCUGAGGAUGACGACGACGAUGAUGAUAUGGAUGAUGAGAUUGGCAUGUCCCCUGUACUUGCUCCAAAACAGAAGGAUGCACCUAAAGAGGAACCUACUGACAACAGCCCCUCUAAACCAGCACCUGCUCGAGGAACUCCUCAAUCCAAGUCAUCUAAGGCAAAGAGGAAAUCAAGCAGUGAUGACGCAAAAUCAGCUAAUGGUGCACCUUCAAAAAAAGCAAAGGCUGAUAAUGACUCGAAGCCAUCUGUAAAAGAUGAGGCCCCCUCUGCUUCCAAGAGUAAUGUACCUUCGAAAGGUUCAUCAACCUCUUCGAGAACUGGAGCAACACCAUCUGCAGAGCCUGUCACUGAGGAUGAAAUUCGGGCUGUUCUGUUGCAAAUGGCUCCAGUGACAACACAAGAUCUUGUUGCGAAAUUCAGGGCAAGACUAAAAGCCCCACAGGAUAAGACGGCUUUUGCGGAAAUUCUGAGGAAAAUAUCUAAAAUACAGAAGACAAACAAUGGACCAAGCUAUGUUGUGUUGAGGGAUAGAUAAGUUGCCCACAUUUGUAAUCUUAUUAACCUUUUCUAACGGUUGUACCCAUAAUCAUAAAAAGUACAAUUUGUAUAAUUCUCACUGGGUUGAAUUCAGUCGGAAAAGGGGAAAAAUGAAGGAAAAUAUGUUGUAUUGGUGCCUUAGAGCAGGUUCCCUUGAGAAACUGAGUUUACAUAUUUAAGCUUGUUUGGUCUUUCUUGUCUUUUACGGAUCAAAGUAAGGGAUUCUAUGCCUGGAA